UCGUACUUUGACUAUUCAGCUCUCCCUUUGCGUUGCUCUCUUCCUUGUUAUCAACUUCGGUCGCCCUCAAAACUUGCUUUAUAACCAUAACCGUACCCCCCUUGAUCUCUACUUUAUCAGCGUCAGAGGAGGCUUCAGAUCAAUUCAACAACAGACCCAUCUUCUCAAACUCAUGGAGACUGUGGUGAAAGCUUAUGAUGUAAAGUUUGUGGUGAAUAUUUGCGAGCUGGGGGGGAUGAUCCACUCGUGCAGAACGUAACAAGGCUCUCUCCAUUACUGAAUAUUCCUUGGUAUACUACUGGAGGUUCUAAACGUGAUGGACUUGGUUGCUUUCUCCAGCAGAUAAAACUGCCCGGUGGGGAAAUGUUAGAUAUCAUCGGUUUAAAUACUUCUUCACUGCAGGACACAGAACUUGCGGGAUCAUCAAGUGGCACGAGGGACAGGUUGUCGAAUUGGCUUACAAGGACACUAAAAGCAACCAUUAGUAGCUGGAGGGUAGUAGUUGGAUUCCAUCCGUUGGUUGCAUGUGAAGAGGACGAGGAACAAUCGGUUGCAAAGCUGAUUAAUGAGCCUCUACACCAAAAAUUUGUUAAGUUUGGAGUGAAUGUUUACCUAAGUCAGCAAGGUUGCUUAAGCUAUGCCCUUCAAGAUAGUGUUGCUUAUAUAAGUUACCUAGGUUUGACUAAACAGAAAUUCCUUUCAGACUCUGCCAAUGAAAGAUACCAAGCUAGAAAAGAGAUGACUAAUGGGUUUCUUCUCCAUAGACUCAACUCGUUAGAGAUGGUUACCUACUUUGUUACCUCGGCAGGGGAGAUCGUGAACAAAAUUGUAGUCCGACAGAGGGGCAGAGAGAUCAUGUAAAAAACUGUCUGAAUUCUGUAUACAUUUGCUUCCAGUUUUUCUUUUUUCGAUUGUUUGAGCUUCUAUUCAACAAUCCCUGUAAAUGGCAUUUGAUUUACGGAUCAUUAUCCUUAUAUUUGA